AUGAAGAGCAGGCUGGUGGAUCUGCUACCGGAGCUGUCGGUCUCCGAUGCAGAUCGAGUCAUGCUACGAGAUCUGGCCAGCACUCUGGUCGCGCACAACCUGGAGCAGUGCAACACCCUGCUAGUCACCAAGAACGGGUACCCGGACUCGGCCACGGGGCAGUGGAAGGAGAUGCGGCGCAAAGAUGGACUCAGGAUCUACCGUGAACGCCCGGGCUCUGGGCGUGGCGAAGCACCAUUCACGCCGUCAUUGUUGCUGUUCGGAACGGUGGACGGGACCGUCGAGGACGUCAUGUACGGCGUUGUGGCACCCACGGACGCUGCGCUGAAGAUCAAGUCGAGAUGUGUCAAUGACGGGAUGCUGGAUACCAAGAUGCUGUGCCAGCUGGAAGAGGCCUCAGUGGAGGAUCCGUUCCACCACGUCGGCAUCAAGUGGAAGCUCUACCACGGACGCGACUACAUCUCGCUGGAUGCGACCGGAGUCGUGCACUCGAGCAAGGGCGAGCGCGUUGGAUACAACUUCGCUCACUCAGUCGCGUUCUCGGAACUCCCACAGUUCAAGAGCCAAGGUGUCUUGCGAGGCAACAUGUCGGUGUGCUCGCUGUAUAAACAGAAGACGCCGACGACUGUCGAGUGCUACGUGCGAGGGUUUUUCGACUUCCCGACCAAGAACGAGAUGCUGAAUAAUGUAUCUCUGCAGGCACUGGCGUCGCAGUGGCUGUCGUUUGGACGCAAAGUGGAGUGUGCACGCAUGAAGAAACUCGUCUGGAAGCUGCGCAGAAACAGUCUCGACGGUAGAAGCUCCGACGCGAGUAGCUCCAGCUCAAGUACAUGCUCAAGCUCCAGCUUUGGGUUGCCUCCUAAUGCCAAAGCGUCUCCAUCGUCAUCUAUUCGUCCAGGGGCUUGCACUUUGUGCCUCAACAGCUUCGGGUUUCUUGGUACAAGCCGCGAAACCUGCCAGAGCUGCAUGCAACUCAUGUGCACCCGAUGUACUGUAAAGAAGAUCGUUUAUGUUAUGGCGUCUGACGGCCGCACCGUUCUCGAGAAGAAGCGUCCGUUUUGUGGCGGGUGCGUUGAGGACAUAUUAGGGAGCGACACAGUGGCGAUCGCCCGCGAGGAGUUGGCUUUCGAUCAAGAUAACGGUGGCAGCGAGUUUGAACGAAUGUCUGAGCUCAAUCUUCGGAAAGCUGGUAGGGGACUUCCGAUCCCAGAACGCGCGAAGUCGUACUAG